CAUAAGCAAAGAAUUAUUAUCAACGUGGCUAUUGAUGGAUUAAGAUUGCGUGAUGAAAAAACUGGGGAUUCAUUAUAUCAUCACCCUGUCCAUAAAAUUUCAUUCAUUGCCCAAGACAUGACAGAUUCCAGAGCCUUUGGUUACAUAUUUGGUUCACCAGAUACAGGUCAUCGAUUUUUUGGCAUUAAAACAGAUAAAGCAGCAAGUCAGGUCGUUAUAGCAAUGAGAGAUCUGUUUCAAGUUGUAUUUGCAUUAAAGAAAAAAGAAAUUGAACUAGCCAAACAAAAUCUUGAAAAAAAUUAUGGUUUUAACAGAGAUAAUUCCAAUGUAAUACCUGAAAGUGUAGCUUCAGAUAGUAGGGAUAUCAGUUGCAGUAGUACCGUUAAAAAUUCGUCAGCAUUAAAAUCUCAUAGCACAGAAAACAAGUCAAGUACCCCAGUUGUCGCAAAUUUAGUAGACUUGGAAAUCGAACUAACAAACUUGCAACAAGGUAUUUCACAAAUUGAACGACUUACACCCUCCAACGAUCCAUUUGAAGAUAGUUUUAUAAGCUACACUCCGAAACCUUUUUUGCCUCCCCCUCCUGGAAGGGAACGAUCAUACAGAGCAGCAGAUGCAACUGGAAAUUCUAGUUCAAAAGCUCAAACAAUGACGAUCAAUAAAGGAUCUCCUUCUCAAAUGUUAUCCCUUCUCCAAUCAUCCGACGAAUUAACACUGAUUAAGUCUCAUAACGAAUCACACGUUGAGACAGUUGCUGAGGAUUGGUUUAUUUCUUCUGUUACUGGCACAGCAACAACAAAGGAUUCUUUGACACAAUCUCCUUUACAAAAAGAUUUAUCAACCACAUUACAAAGUGAAAGGCAAGAAAAACAAGAUGUAUUGAAGCAGUUUGACGUAUUCACCGAAUUGGAUCCUUUGGGUAAGAGUUUAAUCGGAACUGGCAAGAUAAAACCCUACAUACAUAAACGAGACUUCUUUCAAGACCUAAAAAAACCAAAAAAGGUCUUAAACGAUCUUGUGAACGACAAACAAACGUAUAGUAAUAAUAUCAGUAGUUGUUCUACGAAUGUAAAUGAAAGCUUUAAGUCGGAAUGUAUGGGAUUUGCCACAGAUCCGUUUGGCGAAGAUCCGUUCGUUAAAAGCAAUUCUUUCGCUGAAAAGGACCCGUUCAGCAAAAAUAAUUUUAAUGUAGACUUUGCUGUUUUCAAAAAAGAACAAGGGGCUAGUGAUUUAGUAGACGAUAUGGUGACUUUGGCAUUUUCCAAUUUAAAUGAAGAUUCGUUUGUGGAUACUCAUCAUUUGGAAGGUAAUAUAGAAAAGGAUAUAAAACUAUCAUCCGAGUUUGAUUCAGAAGAUUACAAGAAAAUGUCUCCAGAUAGUGACAACGCACCCAAACCACCCCCUCGACCUACUAAUAACAUAUUAACACAACCGCCGCCCUUACCACCUAAGAAACAACCGGGCGAUUUGUGUAUAAAGCCUCCGCCGCGUCCGCCUCAUUCGGAUGAUUCCCAUUACGACGUAAUAUCAAAGGAAGCGCGAAAUGAUACUGCUUUUAGUGAAAAGGGACCACCGUUGCCUUCCCCUGCCAGAAAAGCGAAAUCGACUCAAUUUUCAUUUGAACAACAAAAAAAGACGCAACAAGUAGAGUCUAGUGAAGAUGAUUAUUUAACUCCAAUCUCAUUUCCUUCAGCGAAGGACUUUUCGUAUGCUGAAAAAAAAUGUUUCUUGCAUAAAAGUGCAGAUGACGUUUCGACCAAUAUUCCAUUUUUUGUUAGAGAAAGUUCGUCCAUUGUUCGUAAUAGCACUAACAUGUCCUUGGCCGACAUCAAUUUUAUGUUAAGUCAAUUAACUUUAAGCGGCUUAAAUGAAUUGGCUACCGAACUGAACAUUCCGUCAGUAAAAUUGAGCAACAUGACUUUGGCGCAAAUAACAAACUAUCUUAGUGGUGUAAUCAAAAAUCUCUCUCAAGAUGACGAUUCGAAACAGCAAGACAAUUCAGACACAUCCAAAGUCAAUUUUGCAGACUUUAGUAAUUUUAAUACUAACGAGACCCAUGACAAAUAUGCCGUUUUUCGUGAAUUAGAAGCGACAGAAUUUAAAGUUAACGUCGAUAAUAAUAUGUCGUCUGCUGAGAAAAACGGCACCGUGGCCUUUUUCUCACAAGAUAGUAUAGAUGACAAAUAUGCUGCACUUCGCGAAAUUACUGAUGAAAAUAAUAAGAAAUCGGAAUACGAAGACCUCAAAAACGAACCCGAUUUUAUUUUUGAGGAAUCGUUUGAUCAUUUGAGUCAAAAAUCGGAUCAGACGAGAAACGAAAGUGGCGGAAGAUUUGUUGAAAAACAGUUGGACAUGUCAGUGGAAAAACAACACAUGAUAUCUCAGUCGUCUUCCGAUGAUAAGAGAGAAUCCCCAAAACAAUUUGAACGUAUCGACGAUGUGUUUGAAGAAGAGAAACUUCAAACUUUCGAUUCGAUUUCAGAAGGCGCCAGUGGCACUUCGCCUGAAAACGACGCUGCAACCGAAGCCAUAAAACGAGUCAAAAGAUCGGAUAAAGAUUGGACCGUCUUCGAUCAGACCAAACCACAAGUAGUUGAGAAAUUAUCAUUACAAAGCGAAGAGGGGGUAUCACCUUGGUCAAGCGAUUCAAAAGAAUUCGGGAACGCGUCUCCACCAGAGUGGAAAGAAGCUGUCAAUUCGGGUGGUGGACGUUGGAUCAAACAGGCUUCAUUGAAAGAUCAGGAAAAAUGGUGGGACAAUUCGGCUGAACCUGAGGAAUAUUAUCAGCCAAACCGACGCUCGAUCGACAGUUUUGAAGAUGAAUAUUGCACGUACUCUAAGACGUUACCCGGCACUAAGAAAAAACAAAUUACGGGUUCCUCCCCCGGAUCGCAAGCUGCUGGUGGACAUUCGUCUAGUUCGAGAGAUAUCAGUCCUUGGGAAGAGGAAGCGUAUAAGUUAACACCUGCACAAAGAAGAAAUGUUCGAACAAGCGAAAAUUGGGAAAGACACUCGAAGCAGUAUUUAGAAAAAUGCCGUGACAGCUGGGACGAGGAGGACGAUUACGAAUACGACGCAGAACAAUACGGUAGAUAUUACUGGCCGGAUAGGCAUGCAAGUAGACAGAUUGAGAAAGUGGGAUAUAGCAGAAGAAUGAAAGAACAUUGGACAAAUGAAAGGCAUUUGUGGAAGCAGGAAUUAGAGCGGAAGAGACACUGCUGUGAAGAUUGGGAAUUAGAGAACACAGUGAAAAGCAACAGAUACUAUUGUGGAAACAAACGAUCAAACGAGGGUGUAUGUUCUCAUAAAUGGACAAGUAACUAUGAGGAUCCACAUUUUAUUAGAGACUCACAAGACUCUUCGUGGGAAGAAGAUUAUCACCAAAAUAGUUCCGAAAUGCAAUCGUCUCAUUAUAUAAAUCUGAAGCAUCGCUGGAAACGACCGAGCAGCGCAUCUGAAGUCGAAAAGAAUACGGACGAAAUAAGAAAACAAGUCCAAUAUUACGUAGGAACGGCAGGUGAAAAUAAUAUCGAGCAAGCGAUGGUGAAAAAGAAAGAAGAUACAAAACCAACAGGCGGUCGAGGAGCAGGGACGCAUACUGUUGCGAAAUGAACGUUCAUUACAAGCAAGAUCCAAACUUUACACUCAGAAACUAUUAUAAAUCCAGAAUGUACUCUCAGCAUAAUGCGGCUUAUAAUGGGAA